AUGGCUGCGACAAAAAUAAGAAAUCAAACCAGCGUGCAGGAGUUCAUCUUACUGGGCUUUCCCGGAACUUGGUAUUUCCAGAUGUCCCUUGCUGUGCUGUUUUCUGUGAUGUACGUCCUAACCAUCCUAGGGAAUGUGUCCAUCAUAGCCCUAGUGAGGACCCAUCCACGGCUCCACAUCCCUAUGUACUUCUUCCUCUGCAAUCUCUCCUUCCUGGAGAUCUGGUACACCACAGCAUGUGUUCCCAAGGCUAUUGGCGUCAUGCUGGGCACAAGCCAAACCAUCUCAUUUGCUGUCUGUCUCCUGCAAUUGUUUUUUCUCCUCUCCAUGGGCGCCACAGAAUGUUUCCUCCUGGCCGUCAUGGCCUAUGACCGCUACCUGGCCAUAUGCCAUCCAUUGCGCUACAGUUCCCUCAUGAACAGCACUUUCUGUGCUCAGCUGUCCCUUGCCUCUUGGCUGUGUGGUUUCCUGGCUAUCUCUGUGCUUGUGUCUCUAAUAUCCAGGUUGCCUUUCUGUGGCCCAAAUAUCAUCAAUCAUUUCAUUUGUGACAUAGAUUCCUGGAUAGCCCUUUCCUGUGCUGACGUGCGCCUCGUUGAGCUGGCAACAUUCAUCGACUCGUUCAUUGUUGUCAUGGUCUCAUGUGCAAUAACCGUGGUCUCCUACAUUUUCAUUAUCUCCACCAUCUUGAGAAUCCCUUCAGCCCAAGGCUGGCAAAAGACCUUUUCCACUUGCAUGGCCCAUCUUACCAUUGUGACUAUCUGGUACGGCUCUGCCAUUUUUCUUUUUCUCAAGCCUUCUGCGCAGAACUCACUGGAUUUGAACAAAACUGUCAACAUCUUUAACACUAUUGUAACUCCACUAUUAAACCCUUUCAUUUACACUCUAAGGAUGGAUGUCAUGGCUGGGACAGAAAUAAGAAACCAAACCAGCAUGCAGGAGUUCAUCCUCCUGGGCUUUCCCAGCACUUGGUAUUUUCAGAUAUUCCUUAUUGUGGUGUUUUCAGUUAUGUACUUCCUAACCAUCAUAGGGAAUAUGUCCAUCAUAGCCCUAGUGAGGACCCACCCACGCCUGCACACUCCCAUGUAUUUCUUCCUCUGCAAUCUCUCCUUCCUGGAGAUCUGGUACACCACAGCAUGUGUUCCCAAGGCCAUUGGCAUCAUGCUGGGCACAAGCCAAACCAUCUCAUUCACUGUUUGCCUCCUUCAAUUGUUUUUUCUCCUCUCCAUGGGCUCCACAGAAUGUUUCCUCCUGGCCGUCAUGGCCUAUGACCGCUAUCUGGCCAUAUGCCACCCAUUGCGCUACAGCUCCCUCAUGAACAGAACUUUCUCUGUUCAUCUGGCCCUCCUCUCUUGGCUGUGUGGAUUCCUGGCUAUCUCUGUGCUGGCAGCUCUAAUAUCCAGAUUGUCCUUCUGUGGCCCUAAAGUCAUCAAUCAUUUCCUUUGUGACAUUGAUGCCUUGAUAGCGCUCUCCUGCACAGACACACGCUUUGUUGAGCUUGCAACGUUCAUUGUCUCAAUCAUUGUUGUUGUGAUCUCAUGCGUGAUAACCCUGGUCUCCUACAUUCACAUCAUCUCCACCAUCUUGAGAAUCCCAUCAUCUCAAGGCCAGCAAAAGGCCUUUUCCACUUGCUCUGCCCACCUCACCGUUGUGACUAUCUGGUACGGCUCCACCAUUUUUCUGUAUGUCAAGCCUUCUGCACAGAACUCAUUGGAUAUGAACAAAACAAUCAACAUCUUUAACACUGUUGUAACUCCACUAUUAAACCCUUUCAUUUACACUCUAAGAAACAAAGAGGUGAAGGAAGCAAUGGGAAAGGCAUUAAGAAGGAUGUUAAGUGGUUUUGAAACACCAUGGAUUUAG